AUGACUACUAUUGCCGUUUUUGGAUUGAAUGGGUUUUUAGGUAAACCAAUUAUUGAAGCUUUACUUCGUGAACCAUUCAUCUCCAAGAUUAAAACCCCUAUUCGUUUAUUAACAUCAUCAGAUAAGAAACCAAUUGAAUCAUCUAAAGUUCAAUAUUAUAAUGUUAAAGAAGUUGGUUAUGAUAAACCUUUAGAUGGAGUUGAUGUUGUGGUCAAUUUGGGUAGCGUUCCAGGUGAUCCAAAAGAUGAUGCUUUUUUAAAAUCUAUUAUUUCACACAAGGUUAAAUUAUACAUCCCAUCACAGUUUGGUACUGAUUUGGAUGCAACUUCAGAGACUUUGCCAAACUUUUUACAACCAAAGACAACUCACAGUAAGGCAGCUAGAGAUGCUGGUAUCAAAACCGUUGAUAUUAUUACUGGAUUGUUUAUCAAUGAAGAUGGGUUUUUGCCUUUUGCUCCAUUGUAUGUUCUUGGUCAUGAUGUUGAAAAGACAAAAGAAGCUACAAUUAGAGGGGACAAGAACACCUUAAUUAAUCCUUCAUAUUUCAAGGAUAUUGGUAAUACUGUUGCUGCCUUGGCUACUAAGGAUAAUUUUGCUUCCAUUCCAGAUAAAGUUCGUAUCUAUUCAGACAGAAUCCUUGCAACUGAAUUGAUUAAACAUUAUGAAAAGGUUAACAAUGUUCAAUUGACCACAAAGUAUGUUUCUACUGCUGAUACUGUCAAGGAAGCUAAAGAAAAAUAUAGCAAAGGUUUCAAAUUUGACGAUUUUGUCUUCUAUUUGAUAACUUUAUUGGCUGAAGGUGAAGGUAAAGGUUUGAUCUUUGAGAAGGAAAAUGAAAAGGAAUUUGUUAAUCCAAAGGAAAGCUUAUUCAAAUGGACUAAGUUCCAAAUCUGA